GUGGGCGGGGACGUCGCGGCGGUGGCGGGCUGAGGCAGUGUAGCCAAUGGCGGCGGACGGCUCCGGGUUUGAAUAGAGCUCGGUACGUCUGUGAGGCGGCGACGGAGACAGGACUGUACAUAGCGGGUGGUGAAGAUGGCGCUCCAGGGAACAUUGAUGGAAUCGCUACUCAGAUGGGUGAACAGCCUGAAGGUGGACGACCCCAUAGAGCACCUCUCUCAGCUGCAGGAUCUCAACAUCAUCAUCAAAAUCAUCAAUAAGCUGAACGGGAGCUCCGAGGAACGUCCACAGAUCCUCCAGAGACCUCUAGAAGACCGUCUGGCAUAUUUACAAAAACACUGCCGAUGUGGCUCUAAGGUGGAGAACCUGGUUCAGUGGGAGAGGAUUGUGCAUGGAGAGAGCAGCGACUUGGAGUUCUGUAAGAUCUUGGUUCUGCUCUUCUAUCUCUCCAACAUAAAAUGUAAGAAUGUCCGGGACUGGGAGAGCUUCGACCACAAGACGCAGACCGACCUGGCCACUAUCCUGAGGUUCGUGCUGGACAAUGAAGAUGACCCGUCCAUUGAUGACAAACUCAUCCGCUUCCUGCAGAGGAAAGCGCGGGUCAUCUCCACCAGUGAGAGCGGAUCCAGCUCGGAUGAGACCAUGUCGCCAAAUAUGCCAGUGCGGAAAACACAGGUGCGCUUCCUGGAGCUGCAUCGGGUCGCCUCUUCCUCCAGCAUGAAAAGCUUACCAUUGGACUGUCCCUCCUCCCCGAUGAGCGAAGUGCUGCACAUGCCGCAAUUCCAGAUUCGAAGGCUCCGAAAGCAGCUGAUUGAGGGCAGAGACCUCCGAGAUGAAUUGGAGCUGGAACUGUCUGAGACCAGGAAACGUCUGGCGGAGAAAGAUGCCCAGAUCUUCUUGAUGCAGCAGAAGAUUGAGCGCCUGAAGGUGCUGAGUGAGAAGCAGGCCGAGCAGCAGGAGCCCAGAGAGGUGGAGGAGCUGAGAGAGAAGAAUGAAAGUCUUAUGAUUCGCCUCCGCGACGCUCUCAAACAGUGUCAGGACAUGAAGACCGACCGAAACCAGCUGGAACGCAAGAAUGAUCAGCUGUCUGAAGAGAACGGAGAUCUGUCCUACAAGGUCCGGGACCUAUCCAGCCGCUUGGCACAACUGCAGGAUGCCCUUAAUGAGACCAUGGAGGAGCACGAACAGUCUAUGGCUGGGUGGCAGCAACAGCAAAGUCAGCUGCAGAACGAACUCAACGCUGCCGUCACUGAGAAGAAACUCCUGGAGGAACACAACCUCAUCCUGCAAGGGAAGAUAUCCACACUUGAGGAUCAGUUGAAGAAGAUGAUGGAAAGCGAACAGAUCGAGAAAGGGGAGAGCAUGGGCGACGUCCUGAGGCUGGAGAAUUUGGAGCAAGAGGUCAUCUCGUUAAACACUAAAUCUGCGGAGCUCCAGGCUCAGAUCGGGCAGCUGGAAGAACAGAAGAGGGCUGCAGUAGCAGACUGGGAGUCUCAAAAAUCUCGCUUUGAAUCGGAGAAGCUUCAGCUACAGGACAUCGUCACCAAUCUGCAGACCUCUCUUUCCGAAAUCACCUUUCAGAAAGAGAAGCAGGACCAGGAAGCCAGGCUGCAGGAGGAAAGAUUGACAUGUCAAAUAACUACUCUGAAGCUGGAGAUCACCAAGCUGAAGUCUUCUCUGGUGCAGAAGGACGAGGCGCUCUCCUCUCUUCAGCAAGAAGUUGAAGCAGAGAAAAGAGGGAAGGAGCAGCUGCGGGACGCCUUACAGAAACAAGAGGAGUCUUCAAGAAAGAACACCGAGCAGCUCAGAGGUCAGGUAGACGAGCUCAGCAGCAGUUUAACCAUUUCUGAAGGCAAAUCGGUGCAACUAACUGAAAAGCUGACCGAAGCUACCCAACAAAUGACAAGUUUAGAACAAGAAAUGGAUAAAAUUGCUGGUGAGAGAGACUCGGCCUUCAAGGAGUUCAAUGAUUAUAAAAGCGACAAAGAGGAACGGUUACGGACGUUGAGCCAAACGUGUCAGUCUUUGCAGAAAGAUCAUCAGCAAAGCGUGGCGGCGGUGGAAGAUUUGAAAAGCGAAAAAGCGGACCUGGCGUUAAAAGUUCAGGAACUGGAUGCCACCAUUUUAGACUUGGUAGCCAAAUGCCAGCAUCUGGACACCGAGAAUGACGCCCUUAACAAGUCUCAUGCUGCUACUUUGGAGUCCCUAAGAACGCAGCUCGCUGAGCGAGAAGCUCAGCUAAGAAUCUAUGAGCAAAAAGCGUCCAGGAUGGAGGUAUUAAGUGAAGAGAAUAGCCAAGUUAAGGAGAAGUUGCUAGCCUUGGAAGGUGCAGUUAAGAACCUAGAGGAGCGAUUAGAGAUUGAGCGAAAACGUUCUGCUGCGCUCGAGUGUGAGAAGGAGAGAAAUUCCGUUCUCGAGGGAGAUCUGAAGUCACUAAGUGACAGUAGAGACCAAACAAUGGCAGAUCUAGCAGAGGAGAAGGCGGCUACCAAGAGACUGGAAUCCCAGCUUUGCCAAAUGGAGGAGGAACAUCGAACAAAUAGUGAGAACCUUCAACAAAAACUGUCCAAAACCUCUGACCUGAUCAAGCAGCGCGAAGAAGAGAUUGAAAAAGCGACAGUGGAAAUGAGCAGAUGGAAAGAUCUUGCUGAAAACUCAAGCCAGGUAGAGAAACAUAUUGAAUCGCUGAAACUCGAUUAUAAUCAAGUCUGCCAGCAGCUGGAGAAAGAAAAAUCAAGAGCGUCAGAGGUGGAAGCCAAGGCAAAGGCAGAAAUGACUUCCCAACUGGAGAAGGUAUCUCAGCUGGAAUCUGAGCUUUCAGCCGCAAGAACCCAGCUUCAGACUAAAGAAGCCCAGGAGCAAAAUCUGCUUCAUUCGGUCCAUUCUGCGGAGGAGAAGCUUAGAUUGGCUCAGGGGGAGCAUGCAGAACGCAUCUCAGAGCUGGAGAAGAGCUGCAGUAAUACUGUGCAUGAUCUUAACCUGCUCUCCAAAGAGCAUUCUGAAGAGAAGCAGAGAAAGGCCGAGCUGGAAUCCACUUUCAAGAACCUCGAAAAGCAGAAAUCUGAAAGAAUUCUGUCUUUGGAGUCUGAAACCAGUAGCAUGGAAGCGACUCUUAAAGAGUGGGAAAACCAGACCAAAGUACUUUCCACUCAGGUGGAGCUACUGAGGAAGGAGCUAGAGGAGUCCAAUCUGAAGCACAAGCAGGAACUUCAUGAAAAAGACACGUCUGUGACUCGAUUGAAAGAAGAGAGAGAAAAAGCCACCGAAGACCUAAAAACUGAGCAAACCAAUAAAUUAGAAGUCGAAGCUCAGCUACAAAAAGCUGUAGACGCGCAUAAGAGCGAGUUUUCGGCUCUUCAAAACGAGCUCUCCCGGUCUCUUGACCUCAUAACCCUGAAAGAGAACGAGCUGGAGAGACUUUCCAAGGACGUUGCUGCAAGGGAUGAGGAGUUACUGCUGGAAAAGCAAUCUUCAACCAAACUCCACGAAGAGGUGACGCGGUUAAAAGCUUUAGAAGAACAGGCGAGAAAGCAGGAAGAGAAAGUGAAACAUUACAAGGAGACCAUAAAAGCCUCAGACUCCGAGAUAACCGCUUUGAAGGCCACGGUUAGCGAUAAAGAUAAUGAGAUACAGCGACUGGAGCGUGAUAUCCAGGAGAUAAGUCAAGAAAACGCCUCCAAUCGCGAGAACCUCCAAGCUUUGGCGAAUGUGGUCAACUCUUUGGAGAGCAGAGUUAAAGAUCUGGAGGGAAUGUUGCAAGACAGGGAAUUGCGUAUGAACCUUGCGCAUAAAGAAGCGGCUGAGGCCAGACUUGCAGCAUCCAAAAACGCAUCCACUUCAGAACAGUGGCAAAGGACUCUCCAGGCCUUGGAAUCUGAGAUUGAGCAGGAGAAACAAAAGACAGGCGAGCUCACAAAGCAGCUAGAAGAGUCCCGGUCCCUACAGACGGAGAGAGAAUCGUCCUUGGAAGCUUUAAAAAUUGAGCUGUUCCACAAAGUUCAGGAGUUGGAGCAAAGUCAGAAGGCGCUAAGUGAAUCGAGCAUGGAACUGUCACGUGUCCUGUCUGCUUCUCAAGGUCAGGAGAAAGCUUUAGCAGAAGCCAAAGAGCAAGCCUCAAAACUACGAGAGGACAUUGAGAAGAAGAAAGGUCAGGUAGAAGUGAUGCAGGAGGAGCUGAAGAACCUGACCGCUAAGCUUGCCACCAAGGAGAAGAACGUUUCAGAGGCAAAGGAGUUGCUUGAUGGAGAGUCCACCAAAAGCACUGACCUUGGAAAGCAGCUGAAACUAGUUCAGGAAAAGCUGGAAGUGUCUGUAAAAGAGCUCGCAGAGAAGCAAAGCGCCAUUGACAGCCUGAAGGCCGAAUCUUUGAGCUUCAAACAAGAAGCGGACAAGCAAAGUUCAUCGGUUUCAGGGUUGCAGAAGAAACUGUCCUCUCAAGAUGGAACUGUAGCAAAACUGGAGCAAGAUGUGAAGACCUGGCAAGAAAAAUGUUCCCUCAAAGAAGAAGAAAUGUCUACUGUUCAGCAGCAACUCGCCAACUCUCAACAUUUGCUGGAGGAAUUGACGUCCCUCAAAAGCAGCUACGAGGAGAUGAAGACCGAGCAGACCCGAAGGGAAAGCGAGUACAAAGAGGAGCUUCUUAAGAACCAGAAGAUGUCCGAGGGAAUGAAGACCGAGCUAGACAAGACCAAGGCUGAGGUGGCCUCUCUCUUGUCUUUGAAAGAUUCCUUAUCUCAAAAGGAAGUGACUCUGGAAACCCUUCAUAAGGAGAACAGCGAUCACCUCAACAACAUUUCUAAGCUGCAGGAUGAGAACAAGCAACUACGCGCUGAAAACAAGGCCCUGUCCCAGGGCUCCGCUCACAGUGCCAAGAAGAUGGAGACUGAGAUGUCAAAGGUCACGGAGAAGCACAGCAAGGAGCUCGAGUCUCUACGGCAGAGCUGUGAAAAGACGGUGUCUGAAAGCAAGGAGCAAGUCAGUGAACUCGGCCAAAAACUGGAGGCUGUGACCAGCAAGUAUGACCACACAAAGUCCAUGGUCUUGGAUGAACGGAGGAAGUUCCAGGAAGAAAAGCAGAAGCUGCUUGCCCAGGUGGAACAGUUUGAAGCGAUGAAGAAGGACCUAACCGAGCAGGUUCAGGAGCUGAACAAACAGAUAACCCAGCAGGAGAAGACCAUUCGGACCCAGCAACAGAAGCUCAAGAGGGACAGCGACGCUCAUGAGGAGGUGGAGAAGAAGCAGAGGAGGGUGGCAGAGCUAGAGAAGGAGCUGGAACAGCAGACUCAGGCCGUGGAGCACUACAAAACCCAGAUGGAAAAAGCCAAGGUACACUAUGAUGCCAAGAAAGACCAGAACCAGGAACUGAGUGACAAGCUGCAGACCAUCACCCGAGAGCGGGAGCAUCUGCACAAGGAGAACGAGGAGCUCAAAAAGGAGUCCGAGCGGAUCAACAAAGAGCUCCAACUGUCGCUGCGUCAAACCAAGGAUGCCGAGCAGAACUGUAAGGCCCUGACCAGCCAAGUCCGCAGUCUGGAGGCGCAGGUGGAGUAUGCAGACCGCCAGCUGAGGGAGCUGGGCAAGUUCCAGGUGGCCACUGAUGCCUUGAAAUCCCGGGAAACCCUAGUACCCCCACGGGUGACCCGGAGUCGGGCGGAUGUCAGUACGGACAGCCUGGAAAUGAGUGAUGAGGAUGAAGACCCCAUGAACUCCACCAGAAUGUCUUCUUGCAGAAAGAAUGGGCGGACCCACCGAGAACCCUCUUCCUCCGAAGCCCAGGCGGAAAGCCCGGAACAAUUGGCCUCCGGCCGCCUUCCCAGGAAGGUGGAGUCCUUGGAGAGCCUGUACUUCACGCCCAUCACCAACACCCGCGCACAGUCCAAGCUGGACGGCAGCAUUGGCUCCAUGGCAGACUUCAGUCUGGACUCCAGCAAAAAGACCCGCUCCGCUCGAAGACGGACCACCCAGGUCAUCAACAUCACCAUGACCAAGCGAACAAAGGAAGAAGUGGAGCCCCCGUCCGAGAGCGCCAACAACUCAUUCUACAGCCUUCGCUCGGGCAUCUCUCUACAAAAUCUGAACCAGCAGAGCACCGCGCGCCGAAACGCUAGACCGCAAGCAGCCGUCUCUGCCCCGGCUAUCACCCGCCUGCCGUCCCAGGAGUCUCUGGUGAAGUCUGAGCACAUAUCGUCCGAUGACAGCCUCCAUAACUCCAGCAUGGAUGUCCUGAUGAACCUGCCCGGGUACCGGAGCAAAACCCGCAGUUCUACCCGUCUGUCCCAGACCAGCAGUCGCACCAGCUUCUAUGCCGCCACGUGCCACGACGAACCGGAGCCUCUAGACGACUGGAACAGAAUCGCCGAACUGCAGCAGCGGAACCGAGCCUGCCCUCCACAUCUGAAGACCUGCUAUCCUCUGGAGUCCCGGCCGUCCAUUUUAUCAUCUACCGUAACCGAUGAGGAGAUGAAGACCGGGGACCCCAGGGAGACGUUAAGACGAGCCACGUUGCUGCCCUCCGAGAUUCUUUUCCACGAGCCUCAACCCAGCACCCGGAGGAUGACGCUCGCCUCCACUGGGGUAGAGCAGUUCUCAGGAGGAAGAACCACCCGACAGCAGAUGAAACGGGUGUCAGAGGAGCCUCACUACGGCCCAGACACCCCAGAGGCCAAGAGAUCAGCAAGUUGCUUUCCGCGGCCGAUGACUCCUAAAGACAAGCCAGAGAGUCGCAGAACUUCCACCAUGGAAAGCAAAGCGAGCGUCAGCCAUCAGGCACCGCCCUCCCGGCGUCAGUCCACCAUGGCCUUCAGCAUCCUCAAUACCCCCAAGAAACUGGGCUCUAGUCUACUCAAGAGGGGUCUGAACAAAAAAUCCACCCCAAAAAACACCCCCCAGGGGCGAGGAGGAUCCACCAGCGGCACCAGCAAGUCCCCGCGCCUCACAGUCCGCAAAUCUCCGGGCAAGAAGUCGCCACGAGCGUCCACGGCAAAGUCUCCCAAAACUACCAGCAAGUUCUUUGAGCGGAAGCAAAGCCGGAACAAGUAAAGAGGACUCUCU